AUGGAGGUGGAGUUUCCAUGUGGGAGGCGGACCUUGUGCCUCAUUCCGGCUCGGUUCCAUAAGAAGCUGUGGAUCAAGAAUGGCAACUUCCUCAUCGUCGAGGAGGUGGAGGCCAUCGAUGCGGCAGUGUCUGGACAGAUCGUGAAGGUCCUCUACGCCGAUCACGUGAAGCAGCUACAGCGCAUCCCAGGCGUCUGGCCAGAGGAGUUUCGGGCAGCUGGUUCACCUGCUGUGCCUGACAACCCCUCCAUGGAGCAGGAGAAGAGGGAGGCACGGGAACCCGGCUGCCUGGAUGGCAGCUCCAGCGAGGAUGAUGGGCUCCCACCCCUGGAGCGCAUCAACAACCGACGAGUGGUGGAGUACCUCGUGUCUGAAAGCGACAGCGAGUGA